UUGUGGACCCAAAAAUAUUUUAGUGUAAAAUUAUUUUCUUUUUUUACCCAUCUCUAAAUCCACUUACUGCCUUGGAAUUUGUGAAAUUUUUUUAUUUUUUUGAUCCGGUUCUCACCCACUUUCGGGUAUUCUUGUAUUGACUUGGUAGCUGUGAUCCGUCCGGACCGGUACUGACCAGGACAUUAUUGGCGUGUAAUAGACUCUCGUGACCAUUCCUUGUGAUCCGUGUAUAUGCCGUCUUCUGCCAAUCAAAAGCACCGUACAGCGCUACGGAAUAUGUUGGCGCUUUAUAGAUAAAGGAGCGUAUUUUGUGCAUUUGGUUUCGUUUUUUUUCCUAUUUUUUUGUUUUAAAGAGCCGGACUAAGAUAUUUUUGUACAUUUUUAAUAUAAAUAUAUAUAUUUUGAAAUCUUUAAUAUAAGUAAUUUAUAUAUAUCUCUAGCUGUUAUUUUUGGCGCAGACAUGGCGGCUUCCAACUGGGGACUUAUCAUGAAUAUAGUGAACAGCAUUGUGGGGGUGAGCGUGCUGACCAUGCCGUUCUGCUUCAAGCAGUGCGGCCUCGUGCUGGGCACCCUUCUUCUCAUGCUGUGUUGUUGGAUGACCCAUCAGUCCUGUAUGUUCCUUGUGAAAACGGCCAGUAUGAGCAAGCGCCGGACGUACGCAGGCCUUGCCUUUCAUGCCUAUGGUAAGGCGGGGAAAAUGUUGGUGGAGACCAGUAUGAUUGGACUCAUGUUGGGGACCUGUAUCGCUUUCUAUGUUGUGAUUGGAGACCUUGGUUCCUCCUUCUUCGCCCGGUUGCUUGGACUGCAGUUGACAGAAGGUUUCCGCAUCUUCCUUUUGUGUGCGGUUUCGUUGUGCAUCGUCCUCCCCCUCAGCCUGCAACGCAACAUGAUGGCCUCUAUCCAGUCGUUUAGUGCCAUGGCGCUUAUGUUUUACACCGUUUUUAUGUUUGUGAUAGUGCUGUCCUCUUUCAAGCAUGGCCUAUUCGGGGGUCAGUGGAUGAACGAGGUCAGUUAUGUCCGCUUUGAGGGCGUCUUCCGUUGCAUACCGAUUUUUGGCAUGUCCUUUGCCUGCCAGUCCCAAGUCCUUCCUACGUAUGACAGCCUGGACGAGCCCUCGGUCAAAACCAUGAGCUCCAUCUUUGCCUCCUCUCUGAAUGUUGUGACCGGAUUCUAUGUGUUGGUUGGUUUUUUCGGCUACGUCAGUUUUACGGAGACCAUUGCCGGUAACGUGCUGGUAAACUUUCCCUCCAACGUGGUGACGGAGAUGAUCCGGCUGGGAUUCGUGAUGUCUGUGGCUGUGGGUUUUCCUAUGAUGAUCCUGCCCUGCAGACAAGCCCUGAACACAAUGCUGUUUGAGCAACAACAAAAAGACGGCACCUUCGCUGCUGGGGGAUACAUGCCACCAUUACGCUUCAAAGCCUUGACCUUGGUUGUCGUGUUUGGCACCAUGAUUGGAGGAAUCCUGAUACCGAAUGUGGAGACCAUCCUCGGACUUACUGGAGCUACUAUGGGGAGCAUGAUCUGCUUCAUCUGCCCUGCCAUCAUCUAUAAGAAGAUCCACAAGAAGGGCCUAACAUCUCAGUUUAUCUUUGGAGUCGGCCUGGUGAUUCUGGUUAUCAGCACUUACGCCACAUUGACCGUCCCUGAGGAGCCGGCCGUACAAAACAAAGCAGAUCUUCAGGAGAGAGAAGGGUUUAAAGAUGCCGAGCUGGAACCGAACAUUCCCAAAAUAUCAGUUCAGAAACCAAUUGUGGAAGAACCAGCAGAUGACCGGGACAAACCCAAGCUGCCUCCGAAGCAGGUAGAGGUGGAGCAACCCCAAAUUAAAGGACCUAUUGAUGUUCCACAGAAGGAGGAGGAAAAGAGAAAGCAGCAAGAAGUACAACUUGACCGACCUGAUCAAGCAGGCAUCGCAGUCCCAGUUGGUGAAGCUCACAGACAUGAACCUCCUGUCCCACGAGAUGAAGUCCAUGUAGAUGAACAGAAGGACCAGGAGGAGUCUGAGGAGAAGAACCUGCCCGAUACUGGGGUUGGUGCCGCUCAAAAGGAUGAACAACAAGAGAAAGAAGUUAAACCUGAACAAAAAGAGAAACUUCCAGCAGAAAAGGAGGAGAAAGACCCGGCCCCUCAGCAGCCACCACAACAGGAAGCCUUACCCAAGAUGGAGCCGGAGAGGGUCCCAGGAAAGGACGUCCAGGAUGUCCAACCAGCGGAAAAAGAUCAGCAACCAGGAAUUAUAGUCGAUGCUGUCAAUGAUCUGAAGAACAUAGGAAUCGUAGCUGGAGAGCCACCUAAAAUUGAUCUUGCUUUGGCCGAAAAAGUCCUUGAAAAGCAGCUUAGAGAAGAUGAGAAGAAAGAGCAAGCACUUGGCGACACAGGACCGGAGCAGCGUGAUGUGAGAAAUGCCGAGAUGAAGGCCGCCGAAAACCAAGAAGCUGAGCUUAGGAGACUAGCAGAACAAGCUGGCAAGGCCGAGAUGUUGGACCACGCCAUCCUGUUACAAGUCAUCAAGGAGCAGCAGGUGCAGCAGAAGCGCUUGCUGGACCAGCAGGAGAAGCUUCUGGAAGUGAUCAAAGAGCAGCACAUGGAGAUUCACCAGGAUCAGCAAGGUGACAAACCAGAAGGACGCGCUGUGGAGCAUCCCAAGAGUAAGGAAGACUCGAAGGUUGGAGAAGUCGACAAAGACCUGGUCAUAAAGAAGGAUCCGGCUGUAGACUUACAACAAGAAGGACUAAAAAAGGAGGCAGAUGAAGUUGCCGUUCCAGCACCUGACAAAAAGCCAGCAGCGGAGAACACAGAGCUGGAGAACGUGGUGAAGAUUCAAAAGCCGGAGGUGAAAAAGAGUGAGGAUAAUCCAGUCCUUCAGAAAGUGGAGCCUCAGAAUAACGAGGCCCCCGACCUCAGACAGGUAGGUGUACCAGCAGAGAAGCAGUCUGUGGAAAGGUUCAAUGUACAGAAACCUGCACAGCAAGAGAAGGAAGUGAUCCAAGACCAGAUUCAUCCUAAAGGUGAAGACGUUGAGGUAGUAAAAGCAAAGGAGAACAAUGUGGUGCUGGACUCUCCAGACAGGAAGAUCAAGACAAAGGAAGAGCAACAUACUAUUAUUAAAAACCUAAAACCAGGACAUGAGUCCUUAGAGAAGCAGAAUGCUGGACAGGUUCCCAAGGGACAACUUCAGGAUGGAGCAGUGGUCAAAGUUCAGCAUUCAAAUCGGGACCUACAGCAUCAAGACCAAGAUCUCAACCUAGUGAAAAAACAGGCAGAACCCAGAGACUCCAUACACCUCGCUGGAGGGAGUAAAGUAGAGGCUGGAGGGAGUAAAGUAGAGGCUGGAGGGAGUAAAGUAGAGGCUGGGCAGAGUAAAGUAGAGGCUGGGCAGAGUAAAGUAGAGGCUGGGCAGAGUAAAGUAGAGGCUGGGCUUGAGAGUAAUGUAGAUGGUGCCGUGCCGGACAAUGACCAGGGAAAGCCCAACAGGGACCUGAAACUUCAAGAUGAACUGGACCUUAGAAGAAAGAAGAGGGACCUCGGGAAUGAAUACAUGGACGAAGAUGGAGCUCAUAUUAUUAGUUUUAACCAUGCGCCCAACCCGAGAGUUAAUGACCUACACGCCGCCCUAGAGACUCAUCUCAACGCCGAGGCCGGACUGCAGGUGGUGUACAGCCGGCAGAUCAAGCAGAUCAAAGAACAAGAGGAAAGAUGAUGAUAAUGGAAGGUGGUGCCACGGUAUGUGAGCGGAGGACUUAACAGGCGUUUAAUGGACCUAACGGGACUCUGUUUUGGCUCAUCGGCCUCUCCUAGUGAUAUAGGUGAUCGGGACGGAAUGAAGAACUAAUAUGCUGCAAACUCUACCGGUACUGUAUUUCUCAGGAAUUGUUACUCCCCAGGUCAGAUCGUGAGAAAAGCACAAGAUUGGUGCUGCAGUCCAAUGUCCGCCCUUCUUACCGUUCUCACAUUAUCUUCUGGAGGUGUCUCGACUUGGACAUUUAAUCACUUGUAGAAUGAGUUGUGCUCUGUACGACAAGGAGGUGAUCACUUCCUAACCCUUGUGCCUUUUAUCUAAAGACAGCGUUUCCCAAGCAGGGUGCCUACAGCUGUUGCAAAACUACAACUCCCAGCAUGCCCGGACAGCCGUUGGCGCUGUCUUUAUGUUAUCCUGUGAUGUGCUUGAACGUUUCUCCUCCCAAUUCCAUAUUAAACAUAGCCACGUGAUGUCUGACCCUUAAAGGGGUAUUCCAGGCCAAAACUUUUUUUUAUAUAUCAACUGGCUCCGGAAAGUUAA